GUUUUUCACAUUUUAUUUAGGUCAUAUUUAAUCGAAGUUUCAUCAUCCUUUAUAAAAGGACGUGAAUCGUGGGACUAUAGAGGACACCGUACUAGAAGUAAAGAACCAUUGAAAUUUGUUUCACGAAGAGAAAAUGGUUGUGUUGUGAGUUUUGACCAAGAAGUGAUAUUGCCGUGGGUGGGUACCCAGAUGGAUAUUAGUAGCGUGAUGAAUGAGGAACUAAUUUUCUGUGUAAAAGCAAGAUUUCAUGACAGGAGAGAGAAUGUGAAAAUUGGAAGCUGCAAAUUUCCUCUUUGGAAGUUGUUUCAAACAAAGCUAUUAGAGAUUGAUCUCGAAGAACCACUGCAUCCGGACCGAAUUGGGAACAAGUCAAAGAAUUGUUUUGCUGUAAAUCAAGGAUUGCUAAAGUUUUCUGUCAAGUUAUGCACAGUUGAAAAAGAGAAGGAUUUGGAAUUAUGUGACAGAGAUAAUCCUGAGCUGAAUGAUAUACCAAAAAUACCCUCCCAUCAGGCCCCAAGUAACACAAUGAACAGAGUUACUUACAAGUCAAAAGAGAAAGAUUUAUCAGCACUUCAGACAACUCCACAGAAAACAAAAGUGCCAGCUAAUGUUGAAGCUGUUGUCCAGAAUGACUAUGUUUCUAUAAAGCCAGUUCUUCUACACUGUGUAAUUGACAUCAGUCCAAGUCCAAGUUCCAGCUGCAUUAGAAACAUGGUCACCAGCAGGGCUUAUCUGCUUGUUCGGUCUCCAUUCGCAAAAGAUGUCAUGCACAGUGAUUUCCAUCUGAAUGAUACAGAAACAGGUUUCAGGAUGAAAUGGGUUCAACCCCUCAUGCUUACUAAGGAGUUGCUUAAGAAAAUACAAAAUAGUAUUCUUAUAGUAGAAGUCUGGGAUAGAGAUAUUAAUGAUGAAGAUAAACUUAUAGGUCUUGGUAAGGUUUCUCUACAAGACCUGUUUUGGAGUUUUCAAGAUCCUAUUGUUAUGGAAGAUCUUCAGCAUAAAAAGAUUCCUUUGAAAGGAGUGGAUGGACGUGUAUCCAUCGUCAAUCCAUUAUCAGGGGUUACCAAAGGAGAAAUAUACAUGUUUCUGGCAGUGGGAACUUUGGAGCAGAUUAACAGGGUUGAAGCUUGUGGAUACUCUGAGAAGCUUGUUCCUGGCAGUGAAAUAAAAGUAUCAGAGGAAUCUCCGAGAAAAAGUUACACCUUUGAGAUACAACUGAUUGCUUUGUAUGGAAUGAAAUUAAAAUCUAGUGAAAAUUGGAAUGAGACAAACUAUAUUGUUCGAUAUUACCUUCCAGUGAUUCCUAAUAGAAGUAAUGAUUCAGGCGUGAAAAUGCAAGUGUAUCAAACAGCAUCAUUUCACUGUAAAACUGAGGUGAAGCUUGACUACAGACAUCAGCAUACCAUAUCCUUGUCAUCUAAAGAUAUUAAAGAAGGAUUAGUUUCUGGAAUAACCAUGGAGUUGAGGUGCCUUAAUGGUUUUUGCUGUGAAGAAACACUAAUUGCAAAGGGAGAAAUUGCUAUAGAGAAACUGGUGGAGCUUUUAGACAGUGAACUGAGUGUCACAGAAACUUUUACUAUACCACUGCUGCCAUCUAAAAAUAUGAAUUAUCUAGAACUAUCAGAAACUAUGGAUUGUUUAAUGUGGCUGGUUGUAAGACUAACUAAUGAGAACCAUUUUGAAAUAGAAAAGGAAAAAAAUGCAUGCCAUUCAAGUUGCAGAAAGAAUGUGAGUAUUCAAACUGAAGAAUUAAACAUGCCUAACCUUAAUAAAUAUCCUUCAUUUGUAUCUACCUCUGUUAUGGUUGAUUGUGAUAUUUCACCAGAAGAAAAUGGUACCUUAGAUUCAGCCUGGAUGAAAAACUCUAUGAAUGUUAUGCAUAAUAAAGCACAACAGACAGUUUUAGAUGAUGAUGGGACUCAAAAUCCUGGUGAAGAUGAACCAGAAGUACAACAGCCUAUUUAUUUCCCGAGGCGAAGAGUUGUGUUUGAAGAUGAGAAAACCAAGAAUAAAGAUAACAAAAAUGACACAUCUUCUAAACCAUGGAAAAACCAAUAUAAUAAACACAUAACAUCAACUUCUAGUUCAGCUGAGGAUACAUUUUCCCCCAGUGAUGAGUCAGUUAAAGAUGGAAAGUUGGAGGAACUUGACAAGUCUGGUUUUUUUAGGAAGGCUAAAGCAUCAGCAGAAUACUACAAAAAUUGGAAUGAAUUUGUCCAUUGUCUGUCAGCUACAGUACCAAGUGAACCUUCUGAAACCAUACAUGUCAUGGAUGAAGAAGCUGGACAGAUUGUGUUCAGUGAGGGUCAUAGAUUUUGGGCUCAUGUGGCUGUAGAACAAGCCUUGCACCUCUCCAAAGUUUAUGACAAAGACAGAAAAGAACAUAUUCUUCCAUCUAGUUAUGUUACCCUUGAGUGCACAGCAUCUGACCACAAAAUUCUAAGUACAGAUAUUAUUGAAAAUACUGAUAAUCCUGAAUGGAAGUGGGAUACUAAUCUAUGGCUGAUUUAUUCACAAGAAAAUAAGGAUCUUAUUUUCAAGGUGUGGCAUGCUGUGGAUAAUAAAAGGAAUUCUUCAGAUCAAUUUUAUGAUAAAGUAAUUGGGUUUGUGUCAGUUGACCUUUCACCUUUGACAUUUGGAUUUCAGUAUGUAUCUGGAUGGUACAACAUUUUAAAUCUAACUGGACAGUGCUGUGGUCAAUUGAAGGUUACUGUAACUCCUCACACUCAACUGUCAUGCACCAUAAAAUCCAGUAGCAGAAAAAAAGACGAACUUUUGGAAGUGUUACCAAAUUAUUUUGGUGUACCUUAUCUGGAAGAGUUACCAUCUUCAAAUUCAGGUUCUAUUUUCUAUGGCUUGUUAAAGAAACAGUUAGCAGAGCUAGAUAUAAUCCAAGAAAAACUGACAGAACGAAUAAAGCAGUCAUCAAAUAAUGACACUUUCAAAAAGAUUAGUAUCAAUUCACAUGAGCUCCAUUCUUCUGCAAAAACACCCUCACAAGAAAGAAACAAUGCUUCAAGAAAUCUGACAAAAGUCAAUGAUAUUCAAAAUUUCCAAAAGAUGCCUGCAGCAUCUGUCUUAAUAAUGGCUGGAGAGAGUAGUGCUGGGGUUUCAGACAGCUAUGAUCAGAAUAAUGAAUCUGAGGGGAAUUCCAUGUCUAAAACCUUUCCCACUCAAUGUAUUCCAGCUGAUGUAGAAUCCAGAGUAGCGGAUUCAGCUGUUGCUCAUGUCACUGUGAAUUCAACUCUCCAGACGAAAACACUUCUACGUCAGAACCCGCUAGAUCAUCUUUAA